AAGAAUUUAAACGUCAUUUAAACGUCAAGUAACAAAAAUGGAUGAACAAAACAUUCCGAUUGAUAUAAACACGGGAAAACUUCUUGAAUGGCUAAUAAGUAGACGUCAAGUCGGUAAAGAUUACGUUGAAAAUAUAAUGAAAGUUCGCGAAAAGAUUAAUAACGCAAUUCAAGAUAUGCCGGCUCACGAAGGGAUCGUAAAAUUACUUUCGGGGCAACACAUUAACUAUUUUCAUUGUUUAAAAAUAAUCGAUAUCCUUAAAGAAACGGAAGCGGACACUAAAAAUUUAUUUGGAAGGUAUGGAUCGCAACGAAUGAAGGAUUGGCAAGAUAUUUUAGGAUCAUACCAGAAAGAUAAUGUGUAUCUCGCGGAAGUGGCGCAAAUGUUAAUUAGAAAUGUAAGCUAUGAAAUACCAAGCUUGAAAAAGCAACUGUUGAAAUUGGAAUCAAAUCAGUUGGAGUGCGAAAAAAAGCUUAAAGAUUACUCAAAAGCUGAGCAAGCUGCAUUGAACGAAUUUAACACAAUUUGCAAACAAUUAGGCAUUGAGGGAAAAGAUAUUAAAAGAGAAUUAGUUAAAUUAUUAGAUGAAUUACCUGAAAUUUAUGAAAAAGUCACCCAACAUAUUAAAACGUUAGAACCCACCUUAAAUUUAUACGACGCCUUUUUUUCAUUUCAACUUGGUAAUAACCCAAUGGAUGUUAUGGUUUUAUUAAAAUAUCUAAUCCAAAACGGAAAUACCACCACAUACGAAUACAUUUACGGCGAAAAACCCAUCCAAAUCGAAACACCACCCUUAAACAUCACAUUCGAUGAUGAAAAAAUGGACGAAAAUAACGAAACAAUCGAUUUUGGUGAUGAUAUCGACUUUGGAGAAGAAAAUAUUCAAAUAGAAACGUCAAACGAAGGUGAAAUUGAUUGGGGUUCCUUAACAAACACUGAUGAUGAUUUUGAAAUUGUCGAUCACGUUGACUUAGACAUAAAUUUAGAAGAAUCUGGAAUUGUUGUUGAAAAAUCUGGUUUGGAUGGAGGAAUUGCAAAAAAUGAUAAAGCCCUAACGAUUCUUGAUAAUCCAAAAACUCAAGAUCAAGUUUUGAAUGAUUUAAUUGAGUUAAGAGCUUUCCUAAUUAUGCGUUUAUACGAAAUGUCUUCAGAAUCGAAUGUUUUAACGAUGACCCAAUUGGACGUCCCGACGAUCCUUCAAAUGCAAACUUUGGAGACGAUUACGGCACUUUUGGAUUCGGUAAAUGCGGCUUUAAAUGAAUUGACGAAUAAAAGGGUACAACAUUUGCAUAAUGUUAAACAUUCCGCGAAAUAUGUUGAUUUGUUGGCGGGUAAUUUGAAGCAAAAAUUGGUUUUGGUUCAACGAAUGAAGGAUAAUAAGGUUUUGUUGGAGGAGAAGAUUAAUGAGAUUCGCGAGGAGAUGAAAAAGGUUCAGCCGGUUAUUGUUAAGACUGUGCAGUAUACAAAGUGGUUGCAAAAAGAAAUUGAAGGGGAUAUUUCCAAAAAGUAUAAAGGAAGGACUGUUAAUAUUGUGGGGAGUGUGAAUAUGGUUUAAAAAUUGUGUUGAUUUUUAAUGUAAAAUAUAUAUUUUUGAUUUAU